AUGUCGGAUUUAGAUAGCGAAUAUCCGAGGGCGGAAAGUUGUAGACUAUUUCUACAAGAAGAAAAUAAAGAAUUUGUUAAGCUCUUUAAUGAGCAGAAAUUCAGACCUAGAACGGCUAUUUUAAAAGUCUGGUUUGAAUAUCCUACCAAGAUGUUCUUCCAACCCAUACCAGCUAAAGAUAAAAUUACUUUUACGAACAAAGAUGGUAAUAAGGAAACUGGCACUAAAAUCAGGUUCAGAAAUGGUUUCUGUUCAGAAGUUUUAACAUCGGUCGAUAUUCAAGAAAUAGUUAAAGCCGGUGGACGAAUUAUUAAAAUAUUAGAUGGUAUAGUAUACGAAGAAAAUUUUAAAACUCCACCAUAUAGAGAUUAUAUUUUAAUUUUGAGAGAUCUUAGAAAUAAAUAUAAACGAGAAGGUAAUAUCGUAGGCAGUAAUUGUAUGAAAUUAUUAGGUAAUUCAUUGUAUGGUAAAUCUAUUCAGAAGGAUAUAACUACAUCGAGACAUUUAUGGAGUGAAGCAACUUUAAAAGCCAACUUCGAUUCAUACGGCAAAAAGCUUUCCUCAAGUAAAGAGACUCAAUAUAUCGUUGAGAUAAAUGAAGAAGAAAAAGAAUUUGACUGUACACCUCCUAAAUCUACACGACUAACACCUAGUCAUUUGGGAUCAUUCGUAUUAUCUCACAGUAAAAAAAUAAUGAAUAAUUUUAUUCACGUGAUAGAUGGAUUUUAUAAGCCGGAAAUAUACUAUACAGAUACUUCUAGUUUAUACAUUUCGUCUAGCAAUUGGGAUAAAUUAAAUGAAGCUGGGUUGGUGUCCGAAAAUGAUUAUUGUAAAGGAAAGAAUGAUUACGGCGAUGGUGGAAUUAUAUAUGGUUUAUAUUUAGCGCCAAAAGUUAAAUACAAUAUCAUUCUAACUUCCGACGGUAUUCUAAAAGAAAAGACAACGUUAAAGGGUUACUCUAAUGAUAAGAUAGCUGUAGAAGAUUGUAUUCGAUUAGCUAGUGGACAUGAUGUGACGAAUGAAUUUAAGAAACCAUGGGAAAAAGGAUGA